AGUAAGUGCGUCAAGUACUGGCCUGAUGAAUAUUCACUAAAGGAGUAUGGUGUUAUGCGUGUUAGGAAUGUUAAGGAGAGUGCAGCACAUGAUUACACGCUAAGAGAACUUAAGCUUUCUAAAGUUGGGCAGGGGAACACAGAGAGAACAGUCUGGCAGUAUCACUUCCGAACUUGGCCUGAUCAUGGAGUCCCGAGUGACCCUGGUGGCGUACUAGACUUUCUAGAGGAGGUGCACCAUAAGCAGGAGAGCAUUUCUGAUGCGGGGCCAGUUGUGGUCCACUGCAGUGCUGGGAUCGGGCGAACGGGAACUUUCAUUGUGAUUGAUAUUCUUAUUGACAUAAUCAGAGAAAAAGGUGUGGACUGUGAUAUUGAUGUUCCAAAGACCAUUCAGAUGGUGAGAUCGCAGCGGUCAGGAAUGGUGCAGACAGAAGCACAGUACAGGUUUAUUUACAUGGCAGUACAGCACUACAUUGAAACGCUACAGCGCAGAAUUGAGGAGGAGCAGAAGAGUAAGAGAAAAGGUCACGAAUACACAAACAUUAAAUAUUCUUUAUCGGACCAGACAAGCGGGGAUCAGAGCCCUCUUCCACCGUGUACCCCAACCCCAACGUGUCCAGAAAUGAGAGAAGAUAGUGCUAGAGUAUAUGAAAAUGUGGGGCUGAUGCAACAGCAGAAAAGUUUCAGAUGAGAAGAUGUAAAGAGACUUCCAUGCGAAGCCAGAAAUGAACAUGGUUUUUAAAAAGGUCAAGAAAGAGACAGAAGAAGCUUCACGUGAACGGUGAACUCUGAGGGCUUGGUACCUUUUUAUUUACGGUUUUAAUCCUUCAACAGUAGGCAAGACCAUCUAAAGGUUGUUUAUAUCCCUUCUCUCCAAUACCUGAUUUACAAUUGCUUGUUUUCCAAAUAAAAGGAAAUCCUUUCUACAAUGUAGACAAGUACUUUGUAGAGUCAGUUUUGAAUCCCGCAAACUGUUGGACUGUCAUCCAUUUGUUUUUUAAAUAGUGUAUUU